AUGCAUUCAUUCAUUCUUCACUGAGGAGCGGAGCCAUAAAUAAAGUCACCAUGUCAAGACGCAGUGGUCGCAUCACACUUCAAGCCAGAGAUUCAAACACACCUGAGCCGACCGUCAGAGUCCCACUGAAGAGAAGGAAGUCAGAGCCUUCUAAGAAGAAACUACAACCUGCUGCCAAGAAACAGAGCUAUGAAAUACAGUGUUGGUCGGAGGAUGGAGCAAGUCCAUGCAUUCUCAUUGAAACUCCUCACAAAGAGUUGGAGCCUGCAGACUCAUCCAGCUUCAAAAAGUACAGCUUCAAGAACCUCUUCAUCAAGGCCUCCCCCAUUCCUCGCCUCAGCUGGGCCAGUUCAGAUGACGUGUGGAUCAAAAUGCUCAACAAAGAGUUGAAGUACGUUCAUGACAAGAGCUACCUGCAGCAGCAUCCCAAACUGCAGCCCAAGAUGAGGGCGAUUCUGCUGGACUGGCUGCUUGAGGUCAGUGAGGUGUACAGCCUCCACAGACAAACGGCCUACCUCGCCCAGGACUACUUCGACCGCUUCAUGCUGACUCAGGAGAACGUCAACAAAGACUACCUGCAGCUCAUCGGCAUCACUGCGCUGUUCAUUGCCUCAAAGAUAGAGGAAAUCUACCCUCCUAAAAUCUUCGAGUUCGCCUACGUCACAGAUGGAGCCUGCGACAUGUGGGACAUCCAGCGCACAGAGCUUCACAUACUGAAGGCGUUGGACUGGAACUUGUGUCCGGAGACGCCAAUCUCCUGGUUGAAGCUGUACUCUCAGGUUGAAGCCCAGAAAGAUGACGAGAACUUCCUGGAGCCGCAGUUCUCCCAGGAAACAUACAUCCAGAUUACACAGCUGUUGGACUUGUGUAUGAUGGACAUCAGCUCGUUGGACUACAGCUACAGUGUUCUUGCUGCAGCUGCCUUCUGCCACUUCUCCACCUUCGAUGUUGUUCAUAAAGUCUCAGGUCUGACGUGGGAAAGCGUUUCUCCCUGUGUUCGGUGGAUGAGCCCCUUCAUGGACACACUGCGAUCUGAAGCCAAACCUCAAAUCAAGAACUUUCCCAAAGUCAAAGCUGAUGACAGACACAACAUCCAGACACACGUGGCUUAUCUGGACUUGCUGAGCAAAGCUCAGGAGCGUCAGAUCGACAGCCCUGACUGUCAGCUUUCACCUGUUGCUGCAGGAAUGAUCCUGACGCCACCCAGUAGCACAGAGAAACCUGUCAAUCUUUGAGUGAGACGUGCUCCACAACACCAACAACCUCUCCACAGUCCAACCUCUGACCGUAGCAGCUGAAUGAGUCGAAGUUUUGGCUUUUUAAUUGUUUUUAACACUAACUUCAGGCUUAUGAUUCCUGUCAGUCUUUUGUUUUGGUUCCAUAAAACUGCUAAUAUGGAGAUCGUCAGGAAUUACGGAUCUCAGCAGGUAACCUUUUUUUUUUUAUUUUUUACAUUUAUUUAGUUUUUUGGCUACUUUGACAAGGCAAAUGUUUUGCUUGAGUGGCUCCACUGAUGUCAAGUAGAGAAACUGGAUGGGAAGCCAGCUGUUCAAGUUUUUUUUUUUUCUUUUUAAUGAACAUGCUUUGGUUUGGGAGGAAACCAAUCAUUUUGUGCCUGUGAGGUAUUAUCUGAGUUUCACUGGUGCUAUUCUUGAAAUUGAGGCUUAGAUGCUUCCAGAUGGUGCUUCAGUCAGAUUCUCAGGAAAAUGGAAAUGUACAAUUUUUGAUAUUUUAUUUCAAUAAAUAUCACAUUACACUGAGAUGAAUUUAAAAGCUAAAUUGUUUUACCUCAAAGUCCACAUCUAAAUUUUGUGUUGCGCAGAUUUGCUCUACAGUAUUGCCAGAGGAACAAAGACACUGCUGUGUUUCCUAGCUACAUGAGCCAUAGAACUGCCAAUUGAUUUGCUUCAACACGUGGAGGUGUUUUAAUGCACCUUUAUGGCUCAAUAAUUGUCUUUUAAAUAUUUUUUUUUUGUUUUGUUUUGUUGCAACCUGGUUGCACACUGUUGUUACAUUCCUGAAAAACUUGACUAUUGUGCAAAGGUUUUGCUUUUUCAUUUUUAAGUGCUUAUAUUUAUUGGUAAGCCUUAGUAUGUAAAGGAAAAAAAAUUGUUCAUAUGUAAAAUCUUCCUGUGACGACUGAGCUCAGUUUGAUCACUGCCAAAGGCAAAAGCUAUUUAUGACUUUGCUCUGUGACAUCUGUUGUUGAAUUACAGCUCCUCAUUUGUUCACUAGCCUGUCCUUUCUUAGUGCCUUCAAAGAAAAGAUUAACUGUACGGCUACUUAAUUUAAGCUGGAGCGAGCCAGAAUGGCUGAGAUCGAGCAAACCUGUGACUGUAACCCUCUGCAGUGAGCAACAACCAUGUAAACUGUGUAGAUGUUAAACAAUGUAUGUUUUUGUAAAUAGAGCAAUUCAGAAAUGUAAUGUAAUUUUCUUUUAUAUUGGAAUGUUUUAAAUAAAGAAGUAAAAAAUGA